UAAUAAACUUCAUUAUAAUUGCGCCCCUGGAACCAUGUGUCGUUACAUGUUUCUUUCCGAGCUGUUUAGCGCACGGGCACGUUUCUUGUUUAACGGCAGCAGAAAUGUGAUUUACAGUUUUAAUUAACGUCUUGCAGUUUGAACGCGAAUAUAAACAGAUACGGUAAUUUUUUUGGACAUGAAGCUAAGCUCUAGUAGCUACUGUCAGACCAGCUUUUAUCUAACGUUAGGCUGCUGCCAGAAGAAUGAUGCUAACGACUUUUUGGACGUAACCGUAACGUUAAUGUUGGCGUGUUUGCAAGAUUAGCAACGCCACCUUAACGUUACCAAGAAAGCAGUGAUCUUUCCGUGAAAGUCAAUCCCAUAACGUUACUACAGCCUGUAAUCUUAAAAAAAAACAUACAGAUGCCUAAUGCCAGUGCUAGGCCGAAGCACGGGAGGAGGUCCCGGAGGCGACGCAGAGAGGACUCGGCCAGGAACGAGCUGGUCUCUAGUUCACUAGAAAGUGCCCAGCAGUGCCUGUUCAACCAAGAUUAUGGAACUGCGUUUGUGCACUACCUGCUUGUCCUCAACCUUGCGCCUGCGUUUAAGGACUUUGCGAAGGAGUCCUUCAGAUUCACUCUCUCCAAAUGGGCAGAAGAGCUGGACUCUGUGGGCCGGAUUCAAGACCUCUUUGACUGUUAUGAACAAGCGCUGGAGCUGUUUCCUGCUGAUGAGGUUAUUCUUAACAGCAUGGGUGAACACCUGUUCAGAAUGGGCUUUAGAGACGAAGCCGCAGGUCAUUUCCAUAAAGCCUUGAAGGUGAGACCAGACUAUCCAGAAGCCAGGGAGAACUUCUACCGUGUGGCCAACUGGCUAGUGGAGCGCUGGCAUUUCUUAAUGCUCAACGACCAUGGGAGGAACCGGAAGUACCAGCAAGCCAUUCAGAAGGCCGUUCAGAGCGGCUGCAACACUGUACUUGACAUAGGUACUGGCACUGGGAUCCUUGGUAUGUGUGCUAAGAAGGCAGGGGCUGCUGAGGUGUAUGCCUGUGAACUGUCAAAGACGAUGUAUGAACUGGCCUGUGAGGUGGUGACCGCUAAUGGAAUGGAUGGUAAAAUCAAGAUCCUCCAUAUGAAAUCUCUGGAGAUGGAAGUGCCAAAGGACAUCCCACACAGGGUGUCCUUGGUGGUGACAGAGACGGUUGACGCAGGAUUGUUUGGAGAGGGCAUCAUAGAGAGUCUCAUUCAUGCCUGGCACCACCUCCUGCUGCCUCCACAGAGAGGUGAGAAUGAAUUCCAGGAACAGUCUGCGACCGGACGGGUCAUCCCUGCCAGAGCCACUGUGUUUGGUAUGGCCGUUGAGUCCCUCGAGAUCCGCAGGCAUCACAGGCUCUGUGUGUCAGAGGUGGGCAGUCUGUCCAUGGCUGCAGCCGGGGAGCUCCGCAGCCCAGUGAGCUGCAGCUCUGAGCCGGAUGACUCCAUGGAGCCUUACACUACAGAGAGGCUGAGCAGACUGCCAGGGGGAUAUAAAACUCUCACGGAGCCAUUCACAGCCCUCAACAUAGAUUUCAACAACAUGCAGGAACUUGAGGGGCUGAGCACCAGGGAGGUUCAGCAGAUCCGCCUGCCUGUCACUCAGGAGGGGGAACUGGAUGCUCUGGCUGUUUGGUUCCAGCUCCAUCUGGAUGAGGAGAGCAGUCUGUCUACUGGACCCCAGGAGGACACCUGCUGGGAGCAAGCCAUCUACCCUGUCCACAACACCAAGGGUUUUCUCCUGAAACCUCAAGAUGAGCUGAUUGUUGAAGUCUCCUGCCGAGAUGCCUUCCUGAGGCUCUGCAGUGUCGCUGUGCUGAGAGAUGGGCAUGAAAUCCGUCUAGACAAGCGUCCGCAAGGUUUACAGUACUCUGGAAACCCCAUUUCAAAUCCAAACCCAGAGGCGGAACUGUGCAGUGCACUAGCAUGCCUUCAGACUGAUCAGACUCAAACUAAAGACUUCUGCAUGCUGGAAUGUUCAGAAAUUGCGCUCCUGAACAAUGAGGAUUACCAUCAGAGUUUUUGCAGUGCACUGGCCAAGCUCAUCUCCUAUCUGAAGAUUAAAAGUCAAAAACAAGAGCAGGGAUCAAGUAUUAAGUCUGACUCCACACCCUCCAGUGACCUGCUCUAUGUCCUCGAUGUAUCGGAGGGCUUCUCUUUGCUCUCCCUCAUCGCUGCCAGCCAUGGUCAUGUAAAAGCAUACAGCUCUGUGGAAAAGAAGAAGCAACAGGAAGUCCUAAAGAGACUGGCUCGCUCCAGUAAUAUCCCAGAACAGCAUCUGGAGUUCUGGCUCAACCACACGGAGGAUGAGCAGGGGAUGCUGCAAAGGCCGUCCAGAGAGAAGCUGUGGAGUGCCAUCAUUCUGGACUGUAUAGAGACUUGUGGUCUCAUUAGACAGAAGUUGAUGGAAAAAGCUUCACUGGCCAGGUGUCUGUUGGAGGACGGAGGGCGUAUUUUCCCAGAGAAGAUCGUGGUGCAUGGUAUGCUGGUAGAGUCCGACACGUUGCUACUGGAAAGCGCUGUCCAGGGUCAGGAGCCAACACUGGGAUUCAAUAUUGCUCCCUUCAUCAACCAGUUCACUGUACCGGUCCAUGUGUUUCUGGACUUCUCCACACUGGAGUGCAGGCAUCUCAGUGAGUCUGUGGAGCUCUUUGUUCUUGACCUUAUGGAUGCCAAUGCAAACUACACUAACAGAGAAGUAAAGGUCCAGGCUACGUCUGCAGGCAAAAUAACUGCAGUUCCCUUCUGGUACCACAUCUACCUGGACCAGGAGAUCAGUGUCAGCACCCUCAGCCAGAACUCUCACUGGAAGCAGGCGGCUGCCGUGCUGCAGCAGCCCCUGGAGGUACAAGCCGGAGACUGGGUCCGCCUCGCUGUGAAGCUUCACAAAAGCACCAUCUCCAUAUCAGCCCAUAUAGAGAAUGUACUCGGGCCAAUGGAGCAAUAAUCUCGUAGUCCCUUGCAACUACUUUCAUUUCUAUGUAUUUUAUGCCUCAAUCAAAUAGAGGCCAUUGACACAUUCCCUUUUCUGGUAUCUUUGUAAAGAUUUAUCUUCUCCUGUGUCAUUUUUCAUAAAUGUACUCCCAAACACACAAUGGGUCUCUAUUUUGAGAUUUAGCAGAAGCCUGCAUGACCUACACCGUUGUACCAGUUGGAAUCACCAUCAUAAAGAAUUUGUAACAAUGAA